AUGUCAAUCUCAAACGCGGUUCUCGAAUGUGUGCGAAUUCUCACUCCCACACAGACCGACAAGACGCUGAGCUCGAAACUACGGCAGGAGCUUGCCGACAUACUGGUCAGACUGAAGACAUGGGCUGGAAAUGUUGGUGUAUUUGCGCCCGACAACGCCUCCGUGGACUAUCGGCUUCGCGACGACGAGGAUCUAGUUGAAGUGGUCUUUUCGAUGAUGAGAAAGCUGAAACAGAGUCUUUCCCAGGCAAUCCAUCCACCAUUGCUUGAAGAGAGCGAUGUCGAAGAUGAAGAUGAAGACGAAGAGGGGAAUGAGGGGGCAGUGGCAGAUCCACUCUCUUCCGGCUCGUCGUCUGCUUCGUUAGACCCGGAUUCUAGUGUCGAGGAGUCGGACUCGGGUAAUGACCCAGAACGGCUAGGUCCUUCCGCAACCUUCAUCGAGGAAGCCAACAACGUUAUCAACAGACUAUAUAGGCUGGCCGAGGUCAUCAGAAAGCCUGUAUCGUCCUCUGAGAACGCCAAGAUUCGGGGUUUUAUGAAGAAGCAAAACGAAAAGGGAAACGUUGAAGAGCUCGCGGAUGUCGAAGACCAUGUUCGGUGCCAUAUCAAAGCACACUUUCCGCAAGCACCAGAAUUUCUGGUCAACCGCUUAGUUGAGGCCGUCGUUUUUCGGCGCAUGAUGAUUCGAUACAGGUAA